GAAAGGUAUCAGACUACGAGUUUAUAAUAUCGAGAAUUCUACUCACUAUUUCUAACAUAGAAAAGCAUAUUCAACCGCAAUGUCAAGCUUAAAGCUUUACGUCAAGAUUGCUGCAUUAUGCUCCAUCUAUCUUAUCAGCGUAUCUUCAUUUGACCCUGAUUCAGAGUUUAUAAGAGCUCACAGUUGCGAAGUUGUCGAAUCAGAAAAAGUAGAUGAUGGAUUUGCUUUCUAUUACGUGCAUGGGAUUGAAUGUAAAAACUUAUCGCCAAGUUUCUUCCGCAACGCAACAUGUUCAUCCACAAGAUGUCGCGAACCUAUAAAAGGAAAACAUUUGUCUGACAAAAGAUACGAACCAGAAGAAGUCUUGUAUAUUCAAAACUUUGACAGUCGACUCAGUGGAAAACUUUCACAAUCACUAACAGUUGCAUGCAGAUGUGUCAAAGUCGAAAAAUUGACUAGACGGCGAAAAGGAAGAAAGGGCCGAAAACGAGGAAAAGGCAAAGACAAGAAAUCUCGUCGAGGAAAAAAAGAAAGAAAAGCUCACAGAGAAUAAUAAUGCUCUAUUGCCAAAUUGUUCAGACGAUGUUGAAUUUGAAAUUGUUUAGUUACUUAUUAUCUGUUAAUAUAUUUUUGUAUUAUUUAUCUAUUUUUUCAUGCCUAAU